AACCGCGCAGCUGAUACGUUACCAACCGAGUCCCGUCCCGUCCGCUUGCCAGCCCCUCCUCCUCCUCCUCCUCCUCCUCCUCAAUCUCCUCCUCCUCCAUACAGCUGUUUGAUAAUUCAGGAUCCCGUGCAGUGAGUCGAGGACUACUACUGGACUGAGGACUUAUUUUCGUGACUGUGUGUGCCAGGAAAGCUUAUCUCUCGCCAUGACAAGGAGCAUGGAGACACUGCACAAAUCUAGCUUCUUUGAAAACACAGUGUACACGCUGAAGGAGAACAACAAAACAUGGAUCUACGACCUGACACUCCCGCCGAGGUUGGAGGGAGGCCGCUACGUCACCUCCACCAACUUCACUUACCGCUACACCUUCAACUUCGAGGAGGAGUUUGAGGUGACUAACUACACAGGUUGGAUGAGGACCAACUGGUGGCACAGCAUCAUCUGGACGAGCAUCUACGUCACCUUUAUCUUCGUGGGUCAGCGGUUGAUGGAAAAGCGACCCAAGUAUGAGCUACGGAGCUUCCUUGCCGUCUGGAACACCUUCUUGGCUGUGUUCAGUACCCUGGGCGCCAUACGCACCACCCCUGAAAUGCUGCACCUCCUUUACAACUACGGCCUCGGCUUCACCGUCUGCAUAUCAGGCAAACCCUUCCUUGACAACCGUGUGGGUGGGUUCUGGAAUUGGAUGUUCACGUUGAGCAAGGUACCAGAGCUGGGCGACACAGUGUUCAUCGUACUAAGGAAGCAGCCACUCAUCUUCCUCCACUGGUACCACCACGUCACUGUCCUCCUCUAUGCCUGGUACUCCUACUCUGACUACAUCGCCACCGCUCGUUGGUUUGUCUGCAUGAACUACCUUGUCCACAGUGCCAUGUACAGCUACUACGCCCUCAAGGCCCUCAAGUUCCGGGUUCCCCGCUGGAUUGCCAUGAGCAUCACUACUGCUCAGUUGGCCCAGAUGGUGAUGGGAGCAGUGGUGAACAUUUGGGCCUACCAGGUGAAACAGGCUGGCAAUGAGUGUCACGUCUCCUACGACAACAUUAAAAUCUCCCUUCUCAUGUACACAUCCUACUUUGUUCUCUUCGCUCGCUUCUUCCGCAAAGCUUAUGUGGUGAACCACAAGCAAGGAGGCUCUCAGACACCCAAGGAGUCUAUUGCUUAUGAAGGAAAAGGUAGCAAGGGUAAACUGGAAUAAAAGCGUAUCUUUACUGGGAUUUAUAGGGAAUAAAAACUCAUUAUUGGUCUGUCAAACACAUGGGUCCCACUAAUGGCCAAUAGCUUGCUUGUAUCCUACACAUGUUUAUUUACUACUAGCUGAGGCUACUGCCAUAUUCAAAUUUCACUGUAAAGUAUUACAGUACACUAUAUGUAUAAGGAAAUGACAUUACAAUUUAUUCUUAACAGUUUUAUGGUAAUGAAUUUGUAAUAUUUCAUCAUUUGUUCCUGACAACAAGAAUUAAGAAUUUGGCAGUAAAUAAAGAAAAGAUUCCCACCAUUGUACUCAUUCAUGUUUAAAUCUUACUAUUAGUUUUCCAGAGUUAUUUGUGUUCAAAUCUAAACUGCAACACUUACCAUAUUAUUUUUAUUUCUGGUAUCUGGUAAAUCCAGUCAUUGACACCCCUUCCAAAAAUUAAAGUGGUAAUGAAAUUUGAAGAAACUAUUCCAUUAAUUUGAAGUAGGAACACCUCUUAUGGUUUCACUCGGAUACAUUUCUAAUAAUUCUGUAGCAUACAAGUAGCUAUUUCAAGCAUUGGCAAAGACAAAGAUCAUAUGCCAAGUGGGAUGCAUUUCAUCCUGCCAUCACCUGCUGCACCCAUGGUGAAUGAACCUUAGUAUGUCUGUAGUUGUGUGACAUAUGUGAAGCUGGAUUUGUUACACAGGCAACCACCUUUUAGUUAUCAGGAAAUUACAUGUCUAGCAGCAUAAUGUUAAUGGAUUUUUUUAUUUAUUUUUUCUUGGAUUUAAACCCCAUAAAAUUCUAGAGGAAGCACACAGAGCUUCACAGUCAUUGUAAAUAAGCUGCUAUGCAGUUCCAUGUUUGAAAGUGACACGGGUUGUCUACUAUUUCUCCUUUCAUGGCUGUUUUCUUUUGAUCCUGCUCAGUGUUUUUGGCUUAAUUAUGCUACAUACAUUGGUAAGGACAAGCACAGUAUUUGGUUGACAUUCCUUUCAUUAACAUUAUCUUCUCACAUUUGAUCUCUUUUUCUGCAUUCCAUGAACGAACCUUUAUCUGUACAAAUGUUUCAUUUUCAUUUAGUUGGGCUCAUUGCUGCCCACACUUCCUUUGUUUCACCACUUUUUUUUUUUUUCCUCUCUCUCUCUCUCUCUCUCUCUCUCUCUCUCUCUCUCUCUCUCUCUCUCUCUCUCUCAUGUGCACAAAAUAUUUUAGACCAAUGAUGACUUGUUUGGUUGUGUUUAGUAAUGUUUACAAUGAUUUCUUUGAGUGGUCAGUUGAGUAUUUAUUACAGUUUAUAUUUGUAAUGACAGUGGUGCAGACACAGUUUGGUAGCCACCAAAUUGCCUAUGGUAUUCAGAAGUGUUUUAUGGAAAGGUUUUUGGAGUAAACAGGUUUUUAUUUAUUUAUUUAUUAUUUUUUUUACUACAGUAUUAAGCUGGGCUUUUUCACUGUAAGUUGUGUUCUGUCAUUUUCUUGUCCUUGAUGGCUUUGUCUUAAGAUUUGGUUGUUAUGUGGUUAUCACAGUUAUGGAUGCUGAUGUACUGUAACUAUAUUUGUCCUUACAGUAUGAAGUCAUGCCUAAUUGGCACCUGUUUACUUUACAAAGACUAGCAGAGUAUAAUCCACCACAGUGAGCUAAAAAUUGCUUAACAAGUUCCACCAAGAUUCUGUUACAAAUUUUAGAAAUGUCAAAAGCACAAAAUUUGACUACAGUAUUGGUAGUUAUUUUCACAAAUUGUAAUUAAUUUUUACACUAUACAUAAGCAUACAGGUUUAGUUAUGACACCUGGAAAGGUGUGAUAGUAGCAUAGCUUUUUUUCUGGUCAAGAUUUUUGUUUGAUGUGCUUGUGAAAUUGGUGUCAUUUGCAAAAGAAUGCUGCAAAUGUUUUAUACAAAGGGAGGUUAGCCAAAGGCUGUACGAGUGAAAAAAAAAAAAUGACAUAGUUGCUCCCUGAAAUGAUAAGUCAAUUCAGUGUGAGAGGUGUCUUGAUAUGCCUCUUGAAAAUGUUCAAGUCAUAGAAUGGUGCAACAAAUGGAAUCAUGCAGGCAGAGAAUUCCAGAGUUUAUCAGUUAAAACACAUUUUCUUUUGAAGGAAGAGAUACAUAUUGUUCAGAUGCAACAAAUAUACAUUAGUUCCAGAGUACAUUGAGUGUACUACAUGUCAGAAAACUAAACUUAGUCAAAUGAGCAGUAUUGAGUAAAGGCAUAGCAUAUUAAAUGAGAAGCAUAUUGUUAACAUUGUACAGUGCUUCUACAGUGUGCUGGAUGCACUCUUAGUAUGGGAAAUACAAGGUUUCUUUUGUUUUGAUUAUGUACUAACAUGAAAAUAUGUUUAUCAUUGUGUUUCUUGGCAACAAACUGAUGGCACUCUUGCUUGGAGUUUUUACUCCAUAUGUACUUUUUUUUUUUUUUUUUUUUUUUUUCUAAUGACUACUAAAUAGUUAUUUCAUAAAUUACAGUUGAUGCCAAAGACAGAAUGACCACUGCCUCCAAUACAAGAAUAAGAAAAUUAGAAGAAAACCUUGAAUUUCCUCUUUGUGCAGGAUUUUAGGGAUGUUAUUAGUUUAGCUUGUUACUCGGACAAGUGGUGGUGAAGAUGAAUCUCACUUGUCCCAGCAGCAUGGUGACCAGCACUUAAGGCUUAUGGCUAGGUGCUCUGUUGUUUUGUUUUGUGAAAUCAUGGUAAUCAUGUACUUAGAUUUGUUACAACAAAAAUCAUUAAAAAUAAAAUAAUACAGCCACAAUGAAAUGUAAUAUUGUUAUCUUUCUUUUGUGGUGUCUGUUACCUCUCACUGACCACUGCAACAAUUCAGUAACUGUUCUAGAUGCACAAAUGCUUAUGUGUAACAUCAUUUUGUCCAGUCGUCAGUCAUUCUGUGGGUUGGGUGUGAUGUGAAUGCCCAAGGUUGUACAGACAGGUGCAGGCAGCAGUAGUUGGACUUAUGCCCAAAAGAUGAAGUUAUCAACUCUUGCAACAUGCUCUCUGGAACUAGUUUUAGUAUGGAUGCACUGUUGAAGAGGUGCUGAGGAAUAUUGUUGUUCCUAAGUUUCCUUAUGACAUAAGUUCUUUUUCAGGCUAAUCAAUGUACUGCUUGCCUUUUUUUUUUUAUCAACAUUGACUUGCAUAAUGCUUGAAUAGUAGUGGUGCUGAGAACUUGAAAGUAAGGCUAGUGUUAGUCUAACUGAUCUUAACACAGGCCAGUACUUUCAAGGUAUCAUUCUAAGGUGCAUAAUGUAUGUGUAUCUCAUAGCAAUACUACUGUACACAUUUUGGAAUCUUUGAACAAAAUUUAUACCUGUUGAAUUUUGCUUCAUUUUUGUUUUGUGUAGUAACAAAACACAGCCAUAUCACAUAAGGGCUAGCAUCAACUACUGCUGCCUGGUGGUGCCCACAGGUUAAUAAAUGGAAGAACAAUGA